GUCUUUGUCUUCUGCUUUUAUGAUCAAGCACUCUGUCAAUGCAUAUGGGAACUGUUGUAUUUCUGCUGAAUUAAGUGCCAGGGAAUUUGUUGUGUGUAAAUGACUGAGGCGACGUGUGACAUCGGUUGAGUCACGUGGUGUUUAUGGUUGCCACGCCUUUUCCCGUCAAACAACUUUGGCGUAUAAAUUCAGCGUCUUGAAAGGAGCUUUUCUUACCGGACCACUGACCUUUCGGAUAUGUGUCGUUACCUGGCCUGAUCCAGUCAUGGAUGUCUCCUCCUUGUUUCUUUUACCAUUCUAUCUUGGCCUUGCCAAGAUCGCUCAAGCUCAAGACUGUUCCAGACCCACUUUAGGUAACGACAUGAACUUGAAGGGCGAUGACAUACUUCUAGACACAUUUCGAGAUGGGAGUAAAGCUCAUGUUGAGUGUGCUGUGGGUUACGUGUGGGCUGGGGGGACUUCAUCCAUCACUUGUACAGCUGGUGUCUGGAGUCCUUUGACACUGCUAUGCGAGAGGACGAACUGUGGCUCUGCAGAAGAAGUGGCGAAUGGAUCUCUUGAUUAUUCAGAGGGGACUCUGUUUGGUGCUACAAUAUAUAUACGUUGCAAAAUUGGUUUCAUAUUGGUUGGUGACUCUGAACGCAUUUGUUUGGCGAGUGGGAAGUGGAAAGGCCACCCACCGUCAUGUGAAGUGGUGACCUGUGACCCUCCUCAGGAGUUGGCUAAAGGCUCUUUCAGCCCCAUAAAGGAGAGCUAUAACUAUGAAGACGUUGUACAGUACACCUGUAUCAAAGACCAUGUCCUCAAUGGAUCCAAAGCAGUAUCAUGCUCCGCUGAUCAUCAAUUCAAACCUGAUGCUCCUGUUUGUAUCGAGGUUAACUGUCAAGAUCUCAAGAUUCAAAACGCUGAGUUGCUUUCAGGUGCUCGACCCCCGUAUGGGCAUAUGGCAUCGGUGACAUUUCAGUGCAUGUCUGGAUACAGGAUGAUUGGAUCUCCCACCCUGACAUGUGACAUCAACAGUCACUGGUCACCAAAACCACUAACUUGUCAGCGAAUAGAAACCACUACUACGACCACAAAACCCAAUGACAAAGAGACACCAAAAGAAAAUAGUGGGAACCAUUUGGGAAUGUCUGUGGGUAUUGCUGUUGCAGUCAUCAUUGGACUAGCGCUCAUCUUAUUCGCUGGAUGCUAUUACUUUGGAGGCCUUGCAUUCAUCAACAAAAAGAACAUAAAUGGCUAUCGGAAAGGCCGCUCCAACGAUGAGGCUGCCAAAGAGGGGGAGGGGGUGGUGCUCUCGUGAGCGCAGGAGUCCUGCUGGCACAACAAUGCUAUAGAUGUGAAGAGAACUGGUUCUGAUGUGUGUGUCGAAUGGACGUCACAGUGUGUCUUGUAACGGAUCAACAAGACGUACAUUUGACACUAUGCUUGAGUUGUGGGAUUUGUCAGCGCUAUGGUUGCAUUAGUAGUAUUAUUUUUUUUUAAAUCCUUACAGAUUUUCUUCACUUCACUUGCAAAUCAGUAAUUUACUAUGUGCUUACAAUUUUCCACUUAUACUCUGAAAUGCAGCUGGUAAAUCAUUGGUAUAUUUCCACAAUAAGUACAAUUUGAUUUGAAGGGGUCUGAAGCAAUGAGCGCUUCCUUCAGGCCUGUCAGAUUUUCCCCAAUUGUCCCAAUGGGAUCUCUGAGGAAGAUGUGUUCUUUAUACCUUCAUGCACUUCCAAGUGUUUUAGCUUGUGGCAAAUAUGUAUUUAUUUUUUACUGCCAAAGACUUGCAUUGUUAUAAACCCAUUUGUUUUGAGCAGCCAAAAGAGGCUUUGCUGCGGACCUGCAUUGUCUUACUAUUGAAGGAAAAGCAGUUUUACGAGAAGAGACUCAAUGUAUUCUGAAUCGUCACCAUUUGACAGUUCACUAUUAAUACUUAGUUUAACAUGCCCCCUAUUUGCUUAAAAAUCUGCUUUUAUAGAUUUAAGAAGCUAAAUCAUGAAAUAAAACAUCUUAGUCUCAUCUCGUCUCUGGUGUUCUGAUUUUAAUCUGGCUGCAGUAAAUCAUGAAAUAAAGCAUCUUAGUCUCA